AUGCUGACCCCAAAGACCAUGACCUCCAUCCUUUUCACCCUCCUCCUGACCGCAGCCCACCUCACUGCCGCCACCCCCAUCUCCUCGCCAACUCAACAGGACAAGCAAACACGCUCUCAACACAAUGCCCAUGACCGCCGCGGCGACACGCCCGACCUCUCGUGCCUCACCCUCCCCACCGUAGCAGGCGCCGCCACGCCGCUACCCACGAUACCCACCGGCUACAAGCUCAAGCACGUGGCGCUGGGCGUAGGCACCCAGAACUACACCUGCAGCAGCGACUCCGCCGACGCCGUCGCCGUCACGUCGCCCUCCUCGGCCGGCGCUCUCGCCUCGCUCUGGGACAUCGGGCCCUUCCUCGCCUCGCCGCUGGGCCACCUCUUCGAGAAUGCGCUGCCGCCACUCGCGCUGGCCAUGUACGGCGCCCUCUCGUCCAACGAGGGCGAGUCGUGGUGGGACGCCGUGAUCGCGCAGAUGCCCUGGAUCCCUUCGGCCUCGGGCGACACGGCCGCCAACACCCUCCCCUCUACCGCCUUCGGCGAGCACUUCUUCUCCUCCACCCUCACCCCGACCUGGGACCUGCUGCCGUCCGCCGCCAUGUACCCAGACGAGGCCGCCAGCAUCGUCUUCCAGGGGAAAAAGGAAGGCAGCCUGGACGCGCCGCGCGACGCCUGCCCCGGGCUCAAUGGAGAAGGCGCCGUGCCUUGGCUCUACUUGACCAAGUCGUCGACGACGGACGACGGCAUCGCCGCCGUGUAUCGCGUCAUCACCGCCGGCGGCAUGCAGCCUGACACGUGCGAGGGGCUGGCUGGGCAGGAGAUUGAGGUCAAGUAUGCGGCAGAAUAUUGGUUUUAUGGACCGUGA